GGGCGGAGCUGGGGGUGGGAGGGCGCGCGCCAGCCGGCGGGCGGGCGAGCAGUGGCUCCACCAGCAUCUGCUGCGGCCGCGCUUGCCUGAAGCCGGUAGACGGAUCCACGGACGGAUCGUUUGGCGGACGGACGGGGCGCUAGCCUAGGGCUCGGGGCCGGCUUCGGCGAGUGUCGGGGCUUGCAGCGCGCCGAUUCCCAGCCCGCUCACGGCCACCCCGACUCCGGCGGCCUCGGCGUGCCAGGGGCUGGAGGUGCGGGAGCCGCUCUCCGCCGGUCGGUCCCCGCGCGGCUCAGCCCGGGCCACCGCGCCGCGGCCGCGAGUGGCGUCCCCGAGUCCCCGCUCCCGGCCGGGCUGCUCCGAGCACCGGGGCUCCGGGGCUCCAAACGCGGGCUGCCGGGGCAAGUGUCUUCAUGAACCCAGAGGAUGUCCGGGAAGCACUACAAGGGUCCUGAAGUCAGUUGUUGCAUCAAAUAUUUCAUAUUUGGCUUCAAUGUCAUAUUUUGGUUUUUGGGAAUAGCAUUUCUUGGAAUUGGACUGUGGGCGUGGAAUGAAAAAGGAGUUCUGUCAAACAUUUCUUCCAUCACCGAUCUCGGCGGCUUCGACCCUGUCUGGCUCUUCCUUGUGGUGGGAGGAGUGAUGUUCAUUUUGGGAUUUGCAGGGUGCAUUGGAGCUCUACGGGAAAACACUUUCCUUCUCAAGUUUUUUUCUGUGUUCUUGGGAAUUAUUUUCUUCCUGGAGCUCACUGCCGGAGUUCUGGCAUUUGUUUUCAAAGACUGGAUCAAAGACCAGCUGUAUUUCUUCAUAAACAACAACAUCAGAGCGUACAGGGAUGACAUUGAUUUGCAAAACCUCAUAGACUUCACCCAGGAAUAUUGGCAGUGCUGUGGGGCUUUUGGAGCUGAUGAUUGGAACCUAAAUAUUUACUUCAAUUGCACAGAUUCCAACGCCAGUCGGGAGCGAUGCGGCGUGCCAUUCUCCUGCUGUACUAAGGACCCCGCAGAAGAUGUCAUCAACACUCAGUGUGGCUAUGAUGCCAGGCAGAAACCAGAAGUUGACCAGCAGAUUGUCAUCUACACAAAAGGCUGUGUGCCCCAGUUUGAGAAGUGGUUGCAGGACAAUUUAACCAUCGUGGCUGGUAUUUUCAUAGGCAUUGCAUUGCUACAGAUUUUUGGGAUAUGCCUGGCCCAGAAUUUGGUUAGUGACAUUGAAGCUGUCAGGGCUAGCUGGUAGAGCCCCGUAAUAGCUGCUGUAAGACACUGGACAGACCCAGCCUUCCAGACCCUCCAGCGUGCCCAACCAAAUCCACGCUGCACGGACCCCGGUCACAGAGGCAUCCUGCGAUCCCACCCAAUGGAGCUGCCAAGAACUUGUUUUGGGGGGUAAAACUGGGAAAUGCUGCUUACUGACAGAGUUUUUAAAGAAUAACCAGUAUGAAAGUUGUUGCGCCGUGAAUCUCUACUGUAGCCAUGAAUUUAUGGAUGGUUGGAUAACCAACAAAGGAAGGGUGGGGGACCCAGCUGUAUCUGCAUUUGUGGAAAGCAUAGUCUUGCUCUCCACUUUGGAAAUCGGAGGGCUAGGAGAGGCAGCUUUGUUCUUCGCCACACCUUGAGGGGACUGCCUUCUGCUCCAUGGCCUAAAGAAGUGCAUCUUUUCCAAAAGUCAGCCCCUGACCUAUGAAGGCUGGGGGUUGGCGUCCCUUCACUGUACAUUUCAAGGAACUGUGACAGUUCUCAUCCCAAGAAGAAAACAGCUUGUCUUUGGGUUUGGAUUUUGUGAUCGCAUUCAACAAGUGACAUGGGUGGGCACGUCUGGUCACCUGGAGUGUCUUCUUACAAGAGAAGUUGUGUAUUCCGUGUGCACUGCUUCACGAUGCUGGAUUUUAGCAGCACAGAUCUUUUUUUCUAAGUAGGCCUAAGCUUUAUUUAUCAACGAAAUCCAAGGAGAAAAUGAGGUUAAUGACAAGGUAUUUAAUUAAAUACCCCACACCCGGUCUACCAAAUUAGGCAUUGGAUUCUUGGAAACUCCGGAAUACUCUGGGGUUUUGGAAUUUUUGUUUCUUUUUUUCUGGGGAGAGGUUUCCCCCAAAGUGAAAGCUAUGAUACAGUUUCUGUUAAAUUUUAGUGUUUUCUCACAAGCUCGAAUGUUAAUUUUUGUGUGUGUAAUCUCUCCGCAUGACUUAUGAGUCUGAAUCUACCAGCUUCUCUUUCUGCCAUCUUUCCUACAACAUUUAUAAAUGUGAUUUGGUCAGCAUUUAUUUAAUAGGUCCAUGGCCUUGAGAGGUGUGGCAAGUCCUUCUUGGCCGGGAAGGGGCCCGCUGCGCCAUCGCAGAUGCUUCCAUGGACUCAAUGAUCCCUUAACCGUACGGGUCGUUAUGGCCUCUUCUGCAGCUUCCUCCUCUUUCUCUUUGAAUGGAAUUAAACCCAAUUCCAAAUCACUUGUUGACACAAUCAGAAAGCUUCUAAUGGUUUUUUUUCCUUCUCCUGGUUUCAGUUUCUUUUAAUUUUAAAAAAACGUGUGCAUGGGCAGAGCUCCUUUUCUCUUAGUGCAGACUAACCAUCAGGUUGGUGACAAAGCACAAAUACUCUGGAGGGGAGAACCUUGAUAGGGCAGGUGUUCUAUGACACCAGUGGGAAACUAUCUCCAGGUGCUGCCACCCACCCCUCCCCUGACUCCAGGUGGGAGGGACAAGUUUUGCCCCCAGAUUUUAAUCCAACUGGAGCCGACCAGGGUGUCAUUCCCCUGGGGGAGCAAAUAUUAGUCUGUGGAACGCUGGGAAAGCCACAGGCAUAUUUCACGGUGAUGACACAUUUGCCAUCACAUAACUGGGCAGCCAGCUAGCAUAGUUUGUGGAAAUUUAGCAAGGUUUUCCAUUUCACCCUCAUGUUGCAUCGCUGUGGCUGAUGAAUGUGUCAGUCUGUUCAGAGAAAGGACAAAAAGUCUUUGAAAAUCUGAUUUCCAGGGUUUGGGUGUGUGUAUGACCCUGCAUGUGUGUGUUUUUGUCUCCAUGUACUUAAAGGUGUUCAUUCCAUAUUUGGCUGUGAGAUUAUUUUACUUCAUCUCUGCCCCCAUCACAGUUGUCCUUCUGGAAUGUCAUGCCAACGUGGAGAACACGUGAGCUCUCCACUGGCACCCUGGUCCUUUAUGUUGAUUACCUCAUUUUCCAGUGAACUCCAUCUGACCAGUUGAUUCAGAACUAGGCAAGGUUCCCACCCUGUGGCCCAUCCAGUGAAAGGCCAAAUGGCAAGUCCAAGUGAGUUUUAAAUUUUAAUGAAUCACCCUUUAUUUUUGACACUCGAGAGUGGUUGUAAUAAAGGCUGUCAUUAAUAAACUUGGUUCUACCUUA